GUAGUAAGAUUUCUCCAUAGCAGGCUAUCUGCUCAACAUACUGAAUUUUGCCCAAAAUCAGUUCCAAAUGCUGAAGCGAUGGUUAGCUAUCUUUGCCAGCAGGCUGAGGCUUCUUUACAGUGUCUUCAGUUUCUAUGCCAGCAAAAACUCUUUCGUGAACGCUUGAUCAGGAAUAAGGAGCUAUGUGGAAAGGGUGGUGUUCUUUUGCUGGCUCAAUCCAUCUUGAAACUAAAUGUUGCACCAAAUUUUGUAGAAUCUAUGACAGUUGUGGCUUCUGUAUCUAGGCUGAAAGCUAAAGUUCUAUCAAUUUUGUUGCAUUUAUGCGAAGCAGAAAGCAUUUCUUAUCUGGAUGAAGUUGCCAGCUCCUCAAGAUGCCUACAUUUGGCAAAGUCUGUUGCAUUAGAGGUUCUUCAGUUACUGAAGACUGGACUCAGCAAAGAUCCCAAAGAUCUCAGUGCUAGUUCUGAUAGAACCUACUGUAUGGGGCUUUUGCAACAGAAUGCAAUGCGUCUGGCUGAUGCCUUCUCAGAUGAUUCAAAUUUUCGAUCUCACAUCACUGUAUCCUUUACUGAAUUUCUGAGUGCAAUAUUUUCACUCUCUCAUGGAGAUUUUUUAUCCAUGUGGUGUUCGGCUGACCUUCCUGUAAAGGAAGAGGAUGCUACUCUGGAGUACGAUUCAUUUGCAGCAGCUGGAUGGGUUUUGGAUUCAUUUACAGAAGCAGAGAAGUUGAAUUUUGCAAAUAUAGAUUUCAGUUUUAUUCCCAACAACAUGUCACAGGCUUCCUAUGUGCAUCAGAGAACAUCUUUGUUCAUCAAAGUGAUUGCGAAUCUCCAUUGUUUUAUUCCUGGCAUUUGUGAAGCGCAGGAGAAACACUUCUUCCUUCACAAGUUUCUUGACUGCUUGCAACUGGAUCCAUCUAAAUCAUUACCUGGCUUUUCUUUCACCUCCAGUCCACAAAAAAAUGUGGCUGUUUGCAAGAACAUAUGUUCACUAGUAAGUCAUGCAGAGUCUUUGAUUCCUACUUUUUUGAAUGACGAUGACAUGACCCUCAUAAGAAUGUUCUCUGAUGACUUUCACUUGCUGAUUAACCCUGGUGAACGUGGUGAAAAUGGAGUUCAAGAAGCAAGAAAUCUUGGUGGAUGCCCAUCAUCCUUACCGAGAAGAGAACCUCCAAAUCCUAACAGUCGAAAUGGUAAUCUGAAAGAGGAAAUGUCAGAGAAUUAUGCUUUCCAAGAAGAGAACCGGUUUCGCAUCUCAAGCAACCAUAAAAUAGAUCAAUGUGAUGAUGAAAUGGUGCAAGAUAUGUUGGAAGAUAAAGAUAAAUCUGGUACACCGGUAGGUUUGAGAGAUAUUGAUAGAGAUGUUGUGAAUGUUGAAAGUAGUGGUUCAGAUACAAGUUCAACAAGGGUAAAAAACUCCAUUGAUCAAAUUGACAAUGGUGAUUUUCCCAGAUUGAGCAAGUAUAUUACAGAUACUGUGCUUGGAGGAGUUAAAGUGGAUGAAAAAAUUGACACUGUUCAGACUGAAGAAAAGCAGCGGAGAAAACGAAAGAGAACCAUAAUGAAUGAUAAACAGGUGACAAUUAUGGAAAGGGCCCUUCUUGAUGAACCUGAGAUGCAGCGAAAUACAACUUCCAUGCAAUCAUGGGCUGAAAAAUUAAGUCUUCAUGGUUCUGAAGUUACGUGUUCGCAGUUAAGAAACUGGCUCAACAAUAGAAAGGCCAGGCUAUCCCGUGCUAGUAAGGAAGCUCUAGCAGUUUUGGAAGCUGAACAUGCUUUUAUAGGAAACCAAAGUCAAGGUGGGCAUCCACAAGGUCAUUCACACAAUAAACAUGAUAGUCCUGUCAAAGAGGCUACCCCAUCUAAUGCCAGGGAUACUCGAGUUGAAUCAAGAAUUGACUCCAAUGAAAACUCCUAUGCCUUUGCAGAACCCCUUGCUGUAGAAUUUGUCCAGUGGAAGGUAGGUUAGCUGGUCAUGCUUAUGGGUGAACAAGGUUUGGAGAUUGGUACUGGUAAUGUGCGCCAGGUGCAAGGAAAAUGGUGUGGAAAGAACUUGGAGGAAUCGGGUACGUGUGUUGUUGAUAUUGUUGAUCUAAAGGUUUAUAGAUGGGUGGAAGUUCCUUGUCCAUCUGAUGCCUCAGGUACCUCAUUUGAAGAUGCUGAGAAAAGGUUUGGCGCAAUGAGAGUGCUGUGGGAUUCAAACAAAUUGUCAAGAUCACAAUAGAAUUGUCUUGUUUGAGAAAUCCCUUCAUUUUUGGAAUAUAACCAGCAUAGUUUGAUGUCAUAACCUCAACACCUUCACUAAUUUAGGGUUUUUCUUCCGAGUGUUGAUAAUCUUUGUGUAUAUAGAAGUCAUUUAGAAAUGAGAUUUUCUUUUAAGAGUUAAUCAACUCUUCUGAAAAGG